AUGGCCACCACCUCCGCCUAUUACGCAGUGGCGGCCGGCGGCGGGGACGCGGCGUCGCCGUGCCGGGGCGCCCCUCUCAGGCCACGGCCUCCCCCGCAUCGCCUCGCCUUCCUCUCCCGGGCGCCCGCUCGGCGGGCCUCGAUCUCGCUGCCGCCGGGGCCUCGCCGGGCGGGUCUGACAGCGGCGACCGCGGAGGGGAGGGCGGGGACGGGGAUGGAGGACGAGGAGGAGGGGCCGGCGUGGGUGGAGCUGGAGCCGAUCGGCGGCGAGGAGCAGCUGGACCGGGCCCUCGCCGAGGCCCAGCAGCGCGGCGUCCCCAUCGUCGUGUUCUGGACGGCAAGUUGGUGCAGGAAAUGUAUAUAUCUGAAGCCUAAGCUGGAAAAGUUGGCGGCAGAGUACUAUCCGAGAAUCCGGUUUUACUGCGUCGACGUCAAUGCUGUUCCACAGAAGCUCGUGAAUCGUGCAGGAGUAACGAAGAUGCCUUCCAUACAGAUGUGGAGCGACUCCCGGAAGCAGGCCGAGGUGAUCGGCGGGCACGAGUCGUGGAUGGUGAUCGAGGAUGUUCGGAGGAUGGUCGAGCAGGAGGAAUGA